UUUGCGCACUCCCAUGGCGGAGCGGGAGGAUGUCGGUGGUGCUGGGGCUGUUGUCGAACACGCUGAACAGGGUGCUGUUGUACUCCGGGCUGCGUAGGGGCUGCCAUGCCCCCCGGAAGCAGGCCAUGGAGCAGGACAAGGCGCUCGAGGUUUACGAUAUAAUCCGCACCAUCCGGGACCCAGAGAAGCCCAACACUUUAGAAGAACUGGAAGUGGUAACAGAAAGCUGUGUGGAAGUGCAGGAGAUAGGUGAAGAUGAGUAUCUGGUGAUCAUCAGGUUUACACCAACAGUACCUCAUUGCUCUUUGGCCACUCUCAUUGGCCUUUGUUUAAGAAUAAAGCUUCAGAGAUGUUUGCCUUUCAGACAUAAGCUGGAAAUCUACAUAUCUGAGGGUACACAUUCCACUGAAGAGGACAUCAACAAGCAAAUCAACGACAAGGAGAGGGUAGCAGCUGCCAUGGAGAACCCAAACCUGCGUGAAAUCGUGGAGCAGUGUGUCACAGAGCCUGACUAGCAGCCCUGAUCCUCACAGAGUUACC